UGGAGGUUCAGGAGCACAUGAGCCGAGCAGCUCAGCAGUGUCAGAGGGUCACAGAGCUGGAGGAGCUGUUGGACAAGGUGAAGACCAGAGUCCAGGAUCUGGAGGACCGCUACCUUAGCAAGGCAGUCCAGCAGCACAGCCACACACAGCAGCUGCAGAAGGAAAAACUGGACGCACACAGACGGUGUGAGAUUCUAGAGCAGAAGCUGUCGAAACAGAAAGAGGAGGCGACCCAGCUUCAGAGGAAACUCCAUUUCAUCACCAAAAAAGAAGAGCAGCGAUUGGCUUUGCAGCGUCAAGCCUCCCAGCAGAGGUCUCCUGCAGGUCAACAGUAAGAUAUUUGAA